UCUUUGGAUUUUUAUCCAACUUGCUUAACUCCAAAACCAAACACUAGUGAGACACACACACAUUAACAACGUUAAUAAAAUGUUCCAUUCUUUUCACCCUUUUAUUACAACUAUAGCUAUAGUCUUUCAUUCAUCAUAUAUUCAUAUAUAAUAGUACCAUACAUUAGAAAAGUAGAAAAUAGAAAACUCUUCUCUAUAUACUAGAAUCUAAUCUAGCUAGAAAGAAAAUAGGAACAUGAGUGCAUAUGAUUCUGAAUGUAGUAGUGGAUGUGAGUCAGGUUGGACUCUAUACCUUGAACAUUCUUAUGGAGACACUAGAUACAUAGGUGGAACUGAAGGGUAUUAUGGGAAACACAAAGACAAAAGAGUCACAAAUGAAUACUCUGAAGGAGUAGAAGAUUUAUCUAUGGUUUCUGAUGCUUCUUCUGGUCCUCCACAUCUUCCUUAUGAUGAUGAUGCUUAUUUCAAUGAAAAACACAAUGUAGUGAAACAGAACAAAAGUGGUUCAAAGAAACAAAAAGUUAGAGAAAAUAAGCAACACCUUGUUCAAGAUCAACAAAAUCUUCCUUCUUUUCUUCAUGACACAGCUAGCUCUCAUGUCUUUGACUUUUCCACUAACAAUGUUGGUGGGACAAAUCAACAAAAUUAUACAGGAAAUAUGGUAGAUUAUUCACAAGGUUUUUCAGCUAGUAAUUACUUUGAGGGAAAAUCUUCAUACCAAGAUGAACAAUUUGGUUUCUUACAACCUUCUAUAUCACAAAAUGAACUUCAAGACAACAACAGAUGGUAUGGAGGGAAAUUAAAGAGAUGGGAAUGAAGUAAAAGAAGAGCUUCAAUAAGGAAAUGUGUUGAGCUCUAAGUUAGUCAUGUUUAUUUUUGCUUUAGAAAAUGUAAUUUUGUUGUUAAUUAAUGGUGAUUAUAAGCUAAUUCAGUAAGACAAAAGUUGUGUAUAAGUAUGUUUACUUCCUGUUAUUUUGAUUAAUCUACACACAAAAUAAAUACAACUUUUUUCA